CACCGGUUAUACGGUCGACCGCGGUCAAUCUACUUUCAACAUUCGAAAUGAAGAUGGCUGCCGAGGUGAGGUGGCUUUUCAUUUUUCACGUAUUUUCUUUAAUAUGUACGAUCUUCGGUGAGAUACCUAAUCGGAAAUUCGAAUACAAAUACUCAUUUAAGCCACCUUAUCUUGCACAAAAAGAUGGAAGUGUGCCUUUCUGGGAAUACGGGGGAAAUGCAAUUGCUAGUGCAGAAAAUGUAAGAGUGGCUCCAUCUUUAAGAAGUCAGAAAGGUGCUAUUUGGGUCAAGCAACCUGUUAACUUUCGCUGGUGGGAGGUUGAAUUGAUAUUUAGAGUAACAGGAAGGGGCAGAAUUGGAGCAGAUGGUUUAGCAUUCUGGUAUACUAGUUCAAAGGGUGCUUACAAUGGUACUGUUUUCGGUAGCUCUGACCAGUGGAAUGGUCUUGGAAUCUUUUUUGAUUCCUUUGAUAAUGACAAUAAACACAACAACCCCUACAUAAUGGCAGUUCUCAAUGAUGGCACAAAGACCUUUGAUCAUACCAAUGAUGGUACAACACAAUUAUCUGCAGGCUGUCUGCGAGAUUUUCGUAAUAAACCGUUUGCUACAAGAGCAAAAAUUGAGUACUAUCAGAAUACUUUAACUGUAUUAUUCCACAAUGGUAUGACGAACAACGAGCAAGAUUAUGAAAUGUGCUUCCGAGUGGAAAAUGCUAUACUACCGGAAGGAGGAUACUUCGGUGUUUCUGCUGCUACUGGUGGUUUGGCUGAUGAUCAUGAUGUUUCGCAUUUAUUAACGCAUUCGCUAUUUGUUCCCGGAGAAUCGAAGCCAGAUGAUCAGAAAGCAUUCUUACAAGAACAACAAAAGCUUAGGCAAGAAUAUUUGGAUUAUCAGAAGAAAUUGGACCAGCAAAAAGAGGAAUACCGGAGAGAACAUCCGGACGAACAUCGCGAGAAAGAAGAAUUCGAAGAAUAUUUUGAAACUGACAAUCAAAGGGAGUUGCGACAAAUUUUCGCCGGUCAAAGCCAAAUGUUUGAUGCGUUACGCGAGCUUAAUAGAAAAUUAGAUGAGAUACUUGGGAGACAAGAACGAUCUCUCAGUUUGAUAUCUCAGCUUCAAGUGGGAGGUGUUGCGACCGGGGGUCAACCAGGACAAGUUCAACUGGUUGAUACUAUACGUCGACAAGAAGUCGACAAUAUGUUAAGCAAUCAGAAUAAUUUAAUAAAUACAGCGAAAGAGAUGCAAUCUACGAUAAACGAACUAUAUUCCAAGACUGAUCUCGUUCUUAAUAAUCAGGCCCGAGCCCCAACCGCACAGGUCCAGCCAAUGGGAUAUGAUUAUCAUUCUCUAGUUUCGGAAAUGCGAGAUGGAAUUAAUACUUUAAAAAGAGAUAUAGGACAAGCAAAUGCUAAAUUAAACAGCGGCGGAGGAGACUGUCCUGCAACGAAUUGUUUGACAACAACAAUGUUUUUGCUCUUUGUCGCAAUUCAGAUGAUCAUUCUUUUAGGUUAUAGCAUGUAUCGGGACAAUAAAGAAGCCCAGGCAAAGAAAUUAUAUUAAUAAUAUUGUUUCUGAUUCUACAGCGCAAAAGUAAGGGGUACAAAAACAAAUUUCUGUUUUUGCAUACUGACUCGAUAUUUUUAUCACUUGUUAAUGGUAUUCGUGAA